UUUUGGCAUCCCGGAUUAGCCGGCAAUACAAGUUAUAUGAGGAUAUUAUUGCAGCGCAGAAAAUGCUGGAAAGGUAAUAACAAAAAUUUGUUGCAGUAACGCACGAACAUGAGAGCCGAUCGACGAGGACUAAUUUCCGGUGGAUAAUAUCCGAAAGGCACGGGAAUGUUGCCACCAGACAUACCUUCAACUGAUGAUCGGCCAGCUUCAUAAAUUCCAUCGGAUGGAAGCCGGAUAAAUUGGCCGACAAAUGUACGCCAUCUUUCGCACAGAUUUCGUACAGUGGUCGACUAGACUGUGCGGCCGUUGAAGCAUGGAUAAAGUAUCUUGACAGGACAACUCACAGGCGUCCAGGAACACAUCCUGUGGAAACCGGGACGGGCCAGUUUCUGCAUCCCUAUUGCAGCCGUUAACAGCGAACGAACGCUUUAAAGCUUUGGAAACGGCGGCUCCUAAUAGAAUACGGACACAUCGUUAACCGUUGACCGCUUUACAAAUCGUUAAGGAACCUCAAUAUCGAAACUGCAGGGAGCUCGAUAACGGAUACUGGGUAGGUCGUUGACUUGUACAGUUUGUCACGGGCCACAUCGAUAUUUAAAAUCCGAUAUUUGUGUGGUCGGUAUUAGCAUAGAAGUACGUGUCUUGCGAUCUUUUUUUGCGUUAGUUUUUAUCGGGAAUGAUGUGCGUCGUUCGGUACAUUACAUUUUUAUCACCUCUUAUGACUUAACUGCAGCUUGAAACGUUGAACGAACUGGAGUACGAGUAAUCCACACGAGUAAUAAACCCAGAUCUGACUAAUCUCCAGCAACAUCGGAACGCGAUAAUGGCCAUGAGUUUAGUAAGCAGCAAGCAUUAACUCCGCCUUAUUUGAUAUUGAGAACCGACUAUCGUAUCCUACGCAGCUCCAGAUAAUGUGUAAAUUCAGUGCAUCGAUUGUCAGUCAGAUUAUCGAAAUCAUCAAGUUCUGGGAACCCGGUCACUUCCUCACUGGUUUUCCAAUUUGACACACGCUUGGUUGACAAUAAGUAAUAAAUCAUUUGAUGAGUUAUGUUUAAUCUUUAAUGUUCGUUCGUACAGAUGCAAAGGAAGGUACGCAGUUUACAUGAAAAUCACGCAAAGCCGCUGAAUGCUUGGUUAUAUACAGAUACAACGCAGUAGUAAUGCUCUUGCCGAGAGUCUCCAGUAUUGACACCAACUUCCGGCAUACUCGACAUCACCUUUUGCCAUCGAUAUAAUCGGAUUCCCGAUUCCGGAUCCCAGCUCUCUCGCCUGGACACCGAAGUUCCUAUACGUUGCAGUAAAGUGGUCUUGAUCUUCCCUAUUGUACAAUCUGUCAGUGGAGCAAAACUAAUGUCCUGAUUCGCUCAGCUUUCCUCACCAUCAGCUCGAUUGUGUGUUUUCUUCGGACACGGCGUUUAUCCUACGCUAACGAUGGAUACACUUGCAUUUGGCGGAUGAUUGGCCGCGCCGGUAUUGUUCGUACAAGUGUUUUUGUUGUCCUCCCGUGAAGCGUGAGAUGCCGAAUCCUUUUGCAAUCGGCCGACGGAUACAUCGGGCACGUUGCUGACGACUGCCGCGUUAAGUAUCUGCGGCGCACUGAGUGCACCGGUCCACCAGGCUGCCCGUCAUAAUAAACGCCUGCAGUUGUACGCUGCACCUGGAGCCACUCAUUUGCACCGGAAAUACACCGCGACACUAUUCCCUGGUUAUCGAUAAAUGCCUCGCAAACUGUAUAUAUACUGCAUAUUCAUAUGUCGAUUUCUGCUUUAACUAUUUUAUUUUUGGUGAUAUGCUUGGAGAAUGAUACAUGCCACUGCUGUCUGUCUGGUCAGCAAAUCAUGAACGCGACAACGCCGGUCUCAGUGAAGAUCAAGGUCACCCAGGAAUCGCAAGUCACCAAGAAGGAAGCCAGAGUCAACUGUGGCAUUUGCGGGAAGUCGUAUGCCAGCAAGAAAAGCUUAAAAAUCCAUCUACGUCAGCACACCGGCGAGAAGCCGUACGCGUGCCAUUUAUGCCCCAAACGAUUUAGUCAGACCAAUAUUCUUCGAACGCAUCUGGAUUUCCAUGCCGGGCGGCGUGACUGGGCGUGUAAUAUCUGCCAGAAACGUUUCACUCAAUUAGCUCACUUGCGCACCCACCAAAGGAUACACUCCGAGGCCCCAAGAGAUCACAACUGCUCAAGAUGCGGGAAAGGUUUCAGUUCAAAAGGUUCAAGAGAAAGGCAUGAGCGCCGACACACCGAGGCCAAACCGUUCAAAUGCCAAAAAUGCCCGAAACUGUUCACCCGUUCCGCCACCCUCCAACAGCACCUCAACGCCCACCGAGGCUUUCGCCCGUUCGCCUGUCCUUUCGCAAAAUGCCAGCGCCAGUUUACAACGAAAUCCAGUGUGCGGCGUCAUUGCCGGGAGACACAACACGCAGCGGAAGCCGAAAGUGACCGGGACAGCACAGUUUCUUCCGUGCCAGAUUCCGGCUUCAGUUCUUCCAUUUCCUCACUGACCAGCAGCGUGUCCAGUGCGCCAGAAAGCCCGGUGGUAAUUAAGCUGGAAGAGCUGGACGAAAUGCAAGAGAUGGACAUGUACCGCAAGGUCAUCGGCAACCUGACCGAAGCGCAGUUGGAGCGUCUGGAGGAGUAUCUGCAAAUCGCCAUGGACGACAGGGAAACCGACGCCGAUGACAAUGUGGCCUACACCGUGAAAAAUGAACCAACGAGCGAAAACGCGGAAUCGCUGAUCGAGAAGGCCAAAUUAUUGACCGGCCGUGGGGAAUUUUCUGCCGCAGCUAUCGUGGCGCGCAGUCCUUUUGCCGAUACAAGUUAUUUGUGUUCCGGAGAUGAGCAGCGUUAUUUUUUUCUGAAGGACACUUUUGGCAUUAACCACUGGAAUUACUGUCACGGUCCGUCACUGGGAGAAUUCGCUUACAGUGGCAAUUUUGCCAUGAUCGACGGCUAUACGACGACAGUAGCCAAGCUUAUGCAUUUGAUGGACCACCGACGUACUUCGAAUUUUCUUGAAGCGUUCGACGGUUAUUAAUGAUUGUGUUUGCAUCAGAUGGAAUCGUGUUGACCAUGGGAUUAGUUAUGUUAUUCGGUAUCGGCCGCUUUGUUAGCAUUUCUCGGUUACUGCUGAUAGGAUAUAGAUCGUGGAUGGUGGAGUGCUCAGAAUGUCAAGGGAAUUUUAUUCCGGAUGGGUUGAUCUGGAACGAAUUCCCUUCCUGAUUGUGGGAUGUGAUAUUUGGAAGGAUCUUCAUUGUUUUUAUGCUUGCAUUUGUUUUAUGUAGUUGUAUUGAUCAAGUUAAGCUGCACUUGUUGCUCAUUCUUUAUGGAACCAGGACUUGUCGCGAUAUCUCAUCGAUGCACAUAGCUUAUUUUACAGGUUGCUCACAUUAUUAGCAACCGCAAAGAAUAUACAA